AUGGAACCAGUAGAUCUUCCACAGGUUGUUUUUAAUCUCACUCAAAGGGUUGAUCAGUUAGCCCAGGGCUUACACGACUUACAAGUUGAAAAUAUUGCACUAAGAAAUAUUAUAAAAGAAUCCAUUGCACUGAAAUCUAGUCAAUUUGAGACUAUGCUUGAACCACAGGUUUCCUUACCAGAGCAUUUCUCAGGCAAUAGAAAAAUGUACAGGCAGUUUAAAAAUGCCUGCCACUUACUCUUUUCCAUGAAACCCAGGACUUACCCCACUGAGAGAGUGAAGGUUCUGACCACCAUAUCAUUCCUCAGAGGGGAACCAAGAAACUGGGCUGACAAAUUCUUUGAGACAGAGGAUCCAAUUUUAGGAUCACUAGAAGCUUUCUUUGCAUCCAUGGAUGCAUUAUUUCAAGAUACAGAUAUCCAGCUCACAGCUGAAUCCUCCAUGAGAACAAGGCAAAAGACCCGUGGAGGAGUAUAUCACAGACUUUAA